AUUUUUCUUAAACACAGUUUCAAACACACGCAAAAAUAAAGGAUAGAAGAUUCAAUCGGUUCGGUAAUGGAGAUCGGCAACGAUCGACGAACGAGAAAGCAGAAGAACAGAAGCUAUCUGUUCUGGUGUAAUUUGUUGACAAGUAGCUCUCUCCAUACCCAAUCUUAUUCUUUAAGUCUAUGAGGUGAGAGAAAGAGAUAGUAGAUUAAUGGGGAAACAAGAUUCACCAAGAAGUCCUCGACCCGGAACGAUAGAUAAAGAAGAGAAAUUUGGGAGGAGAAGUUUGGAUUCUUUAUCUGGAAUUGAUCUCUUACUCGGUAGAAGAGUAUAUGGAAGUGAAGUUUCCAAGGCGCCAGGAUCUAAACAUGAUCAAAGCUGUGGAAGUAGCAACAAGUUUAGUUACUCUUGGAAGAAGCAACAUUCAUGGCUUCGUAGGAACUUCAAGUCUAUACUAAUGAUGAUCUCAGUCACCGGUUUCAUUUUCUGUAUCGAUUCAAUCAUGGUUUCGAUCUUUCAUUCAGAUAGUAGUGCCGCUGCGGUGCAGAACAUUUCAAGGUUGAGCAAUGUGACUCUGCAUAAGAAUGAUGGAACUCAAGAUGCUUCACCAGUGCAAAUGUAUAGCCGUCUUCUAAACUUAGCUUCAGAUUCUCUUGCAAAGAACGAAUUCAAACCCGAUUCACCAAAUUUCCGAGAGGAAAGAUUUUCAAAGUCAUCACAGUGGGAGCCUUGUGCUGACAAUAACAAAGCAGCUGUGGCAUUAGAGAGGUCAAGAGAAUUAAGCAAUGGUUACAUCAUGGUUAGUGCAAAUGGUGGCCUUAAUCAACAGCGUGUAGCUAUCUGUAACGCUGUUGCAGUUGCAGCUCUGCUCAACGCGACGCUAGUUCUUCCUCGGUUUCUUUACAGUAACGUGUGGAAAGAUCCUAGCCAAUUUGGUGAUAUAUACCACGAAGACCGUUUCAUCGAGUCUUUGAAAGAUGAUGUGGAUAUAGUAAAGGAUCUUCCACAACAUCUAAAAUCUACUGAUAGCAAGAAUCUUAGCUUGGUUACUGAUACAGAGCUUGUAAAAGAGGCAAAGCCAGUCGAUUACAUCGAGCACGUCCUUCCUUUGUUAAAGAAGUAUGGAAUGGUUCAUCUUUUUGGAUACGGGAAUCGCCUCGGAUUUGAUCCAUUGCCUUUCGAUGUUCAGAGAUUACGAUGUAAAUGCAACUUUCACGCGCUGAAAUUUGGGCCCAAGAUUCAAGAAGCUGGAUCUCUGUUGGUGAAACGGAUAAGAAGAUUCAAGAUAUCACAUAGCAGACUGGAAGAAGCAUUGCUUAAUGAACCUAUGGCGAAAAAUACUGUUAAAGGAGAAGAAAAACCAUUGAAGUAUCUCGCUUUACAUUUAAGGUUUGAGGAAGACAUGGUUGCUUACUCUCUUUGCGAUUUUGGAGGAGGUGAAACCGAGCGUAAAGAGCUUCAAGCUUACCGAGAAGAGCAUUUCCCUCUUCUCCUCGAACGUUUGAAGAAAUCAAAGUCUGUUUCUCCAGAAGAGUUGAGAAAAACGGGCAAGUGUCCAUUAACACCAGAGGAAGCAACUUUAGUUCUUGCUGGUCUUGGAUUCAAGAGAGGAACAUAUAUAUACUUGGCUGGUUCUCAGAUAUAUGGAGGCUCUUCUCGUAUGCUUCCUUUAACAAGACUAUACCCGAAUAUCGUGACCAAAGAAACUCUCCUUACACCUCAAGAACUCGCACCAUUCAAGAACUUCUCUUCUCAGCUAGCUGCCCUGGAUUUCAUAGCUUGUGCAGCAUCAGAUGUCUUUGCAAUGACUGAUUCUGGGAGUCAACUAUCUUCCCUAGUGUCUGGAUUUAGAACAUACUACGGGAAUGGUCAGGCGCCAACAUUGAGGCCUAACAAGAAGAGGCUUGCUGCAAUCUUAUCAGACAGUGAAACAAUUAAGUGGAAGAUCUUCGAAGAUCGUGUGAGAAAAAUGGUAGAGGAAGGUCAAAAGCUUCGUUUUAGACCUUACGGACGCAGCAUUUAUAGACAGCCGAGAUGUCCUGAGUGUAUGUGUAAAUUUUGAUCCUUUGAAACUAAAACAACUAGUGUUUGGUCUGAAAAUUUCCUUUAGUACAAAAAAGAAUGAAGGCACCGUAUAUCAUUGAUUCUAAGUUUGUACUCGCUAUUAAACAUUGGACUUAGAACCUCCUUAGA